AUGUCGACAUUCCGCCCAAAGCAGAUCACGCAGUACCAGGCCUCGCACAUGGCGGAGCUGGUGGGCGGCACGAGCGAGGAGGUGACCGCCGAGUCUCUGUGUCUGCUGCCCAAGACGAUCGAGCCCGAUGCCGUGAUCCACGACAAUGCGUGCGGAGCCGCGCCGGCCACUGCGGUGGUGAUGGAGCAGCACCCGCUAACCAUCACCAUACACGCUACGGACCUCAACCCGGUCUUUGUGGACGGCGUGGCGGCCAUGGCGAAGGAGAAGGGGUGGCCCGUCACGGCGGCGGUAAUGGAUGUGAAGAAGCUGGACUUCCCGGAUAACAAGUUCACACAUACAUUCUUCACGUUUUCGUGCCCCCUGCUCAAGGCCGGGGGCGCGGCCGAAACAUAUCGCACCUUACAGCCUGGCGGCAUCUGCAUCGCCACAACGCCUACCUACCUGCCUCACAUCGACGCCCUCUGCCGCACACACCACGCCAUCCGCGGCGCCGACGCCCCAUUGCCGCCCUUCCUAAAUCACAAAUACACGACCGACACCCUCCUCGACGGCCUGCUGUCGGGCGGCUUCGAGCGAGACAAGAUUGUCGUGCACGAGACCAAGGCUAGCAUGGUGGUUCCGGACGUGAAGCACUGGAUCCAGCUGGCCUGGAGCUACGUCGGCACGCCGGAGGGCGGCUGGAUCCCCGAGGACGAGGUUCACUGGGAUGAGGCGAUCAAAAUGGGUGCGGAAGAGCUGGAGAAGCAGCCUGGCGUGUCGAGAAAUGCAGAUGGGGCUCUGGUCAUGGUGAUGGAUGCCACCAUUGCCAUUGCGACGAAAUGA